AUACGCUGAGAAGGUCGUCUGAAGGCGACCAGAGUUAGUUGCGUUAGGAAACGAGCGAUUGUGCGACACACCGCAAUGGGACGGCUUAAGGGAAUUCCCACCAUUAUAUCUCCUGAACUACUACACGUUCUAGCCUGCAUGGGCCACGGAGAUGAAAUAGUGUUCGCAGACGCCAAUUUUCCCACCAGCAAUAUCUGCCGGCAGGGGCCCCGAGAGGUAAGAGCCGACGGCCACGAGAUCCCGCAGCUUCUGGCAGCCGUCCUCCAGCUGAUGCCUCUGGACCGCCAUGUGCCCUACAGGGCUGUCGUUAUGGCUGUGCUUGAAGAUGAUGUGAAGAAAGGAUUCCCCGCUACCAUGCCCGUCUGGAAAAAGUACUGUGAGGAGAUAAAGAAGGCUGGCGAUGAACCGCUGCUCUAUGAAGAAGAACGCUUCCAGUUCUACGAGAGAGCCAAAAAGGCGUACGCAGUAGUGCACACAGGGGAGACUUCUCUGUAUGGAAAUAUUAUUCUGAAGAUGGGCGUAAUUCCAUAGUGAUCCGGACGUCGUGAAGAAUAUUGGGUACAAUUUUUCAUCAAAGCAUACGUUUUUGAAAGCUGUGUGAAAUUUUUCCUUAUUACAUAUCUGCAUAUGUAAUUCACUGUUCUAUAAAUAAAGACAGUAAUGACUUUUCUGUAUGCAAAAAUAAACACAAAAAUGAAGAAAAAUAAAACGAGAAUCUGAAGAUACA